UUUGAACUCCUGGAAAUAGAAUUCUUUCAUUUAAAAUGUGAUUACAAUUUGUAUAUAUAUAUAUUUUGGUUUGUUCUGGGUCUUAUCCAUUAUCCAUUUCCCUCUAAUAUCAUUGAUAAGACACGAUUUUUAUUUUAACAGAUUUUUUUCCAAGAAGUCAAUCACUUUGGUUUUUGGGAACAAUUUGAAUAGUGAAGAGCUUUGAUGAACAGUGUUAUUGGUAUAUCUAUUGAUAUGCAUGAUAGAGGUUUGAUUUAUAUUCAAUAUUUGCAGUAUUCUUUGUCUAAAAUGGAGAAUUGGGUGAUUGGAUUUGCUUUCGAAUUGCCAUAGCAACAAAAAAAGAGAAAUUGUCCUUGUACAGUUUUUUGGAGAUAGAAUUUUUGGGGGGUGGUUGUGAGUGAAUGAGAGGGUGAAGGGAAAUGAGUGAGGAACUUGGGGUUGGAUUUGAGAUACAAUGACUGGAGGGUCAUUGGGUCUACGUACAGGGAGUUAUGGGUCAUUGCAGAACAUCAACGGUGUUAUUGGUGGUGGUGGAGGAUUAUUGCACUCUAAAUCAUUGGGUAUCGUACGAAAGAGUUCAACCAAAAUGCUUUCAGGUUCUAGGGAAAAGGAGAGGUCUCUCCCCUACGUUUGGUACCGGUAUCUAGGUCGUCGGAAGGUUUCCAUGCUGCUCCUGGUUGCUUUUGCCCUUUUGGUCUUUGUCUUGGGUUCUUUUGUAGUCAACAAAGAAAGCACUAGUCCUAAUGUUGAUCAACGGAUUGGAACUUUGGGCAUUGGUCCUUAUGUGAAUGGUUUCCGAAGCAAUCCUGAAGAUUCACGGAUCCUUGGAAGGAAGGAUAGGCAGAAAGAUGAACAUUAUUCUGUGGCAAACAGUGUGAAAGGAGGUGAUGGCAAUAGAUUUCAAAUUCCUACUUUUAAGGGUGCAAGCAUUCUGCCAUUUCACCAUCCAUGCGUGAAUUUCACAUUUCCUCCUCCCCCUCCACCAACUCGUAGACGGAUUGGACCUCGGCCAUGUCCAGUAUGUUACCUCCCUGUGGAUCAGGCAAUAGCUAGCAUGCCAAUCUCUCAAUCAGCGUCUCCAGUGCUUCAUAAUUUGACAUAUGUUCAUGAUGAAAAUCCAAUCAAAAGUGAACCACAUGGGGGCUCUGACUUUGGUGGAUAUCCAUCUCUAAAGCAAAGAAAUGAUUCAUUCGAUAUAAAAGAGUCAAUGACAGUGCACUGUGGAUUUGUCAAGGGAAGUAAACCUGGUUACCAGACUGGAUUUGACUUUGAUGAGUCUGACCAUGCAGAGUUGCAGCAAUUCCAUGACAUCAUUGUUGCAUCAGCCAUAUUUGGGAACUAUGACGUGAUACAACAGCCCAUGAACAUUAGUGAAGAAGCAAAGAAAAAUAUUCCUUUCUACAUGUUUAUUGAUGAAGAAACAGAAGCAUAUAUGAAGAACAAAAGUAUUUUGGAUAGCAGUAAAAGGGUGGGCUUCUGGAGAAUUAUUGUCGUCCACAAUGUUCCUUACAGUGAUGCAAGACGUAAUGGGAAGGUCCCAAAGCUUUUAUUACAUAGAAUCUUCCCAAAUAUUCGCUACUCUAUAUGGAUUGAUGGAAAGCUCCAGCUUGUGGUGGAUCCUUAUCAACUUCUUGAGAGAUUCUUGUGGCGCCAAAAUGCUAAUUUUGCGAUCUCGAGACACUACAGACGAUUUGAUGUCUUUGUAGAGGCUGAAGCAAAUAAAGCUGCAGGAAAAUAUGAUAAUUCCUCGAUUGAUGAGCAGGUGGAUUUUUAUAAAAAAGAGGGUUUAACACCAUAUUCUGAGGCCAAACUUCGUAUAACCAGUGAUGUUCCUGAAGGUUGUGUACUCAUAAAGGAACAUGUUCCCAUCACAAAUCUGUUUACCUGCCUGUGGUUCAAUGAAGUUGACCGUUUUACAUCCAGGGACCAGUUAAGCUUUGCCAUAGUAAGGGAUAAAAUAAUGGCAAAAGUUGAUUGGGGUAUCAAUAUGUUCUUGGAUUGUGAAAGGCGCAAUUUUGUCAUACAGGCAUACCAUCGAGAUUUAUUGGAGCAAAUGCCUCCACCUGUUGCUGCUUUGACUCAACUCCCACCUACUUUGCCCAAUAUCAAUAUACGUGGAAGAACUCAAGGGAAGAGGAACACUAGACAUGGGAGGGAUAAGAGAUCUGGUUCAAGGCAUCACCGUAAGGCUGCUGGUGGUAAUAGAGAUAGCAAUUUCUUUUAAAUGCUAUCUGAGCCAAAAAGAAGAGCAGAAAAGGAAGUGUAGCUCUUUUUUCAUUUUUAAAACAAAAUCAAAUUGCUUCUAAUUAUCAUCACAGACUAGCAGGACUAUUUAGAUAGUUUUAGGAUUAUAUAAGGAGUAAAUUGGCACACAUUUUUGUCUGAAAUUUUGGUAUCUAUUCUUUUAUUGUUGUAAAUCUUGAAUGAGCUUCAUACAAGCUGCUGUCAUUACACUUGUAUUUUGCUUCCAAUCUUGUUUGUCACUUCUUGGGGGUAAAACCUUGCUAUAAAAGUCUGACUUGACGCAAAGGUUAUACAUUUUCAUAUCCAUACUACAUCUUCUGCUAACUGCUUGGUCAAGUUCUGGACAGCAGUUCAUCAUUUGACGCUGUAUCUUCUCUCGAAUGUGUUUGAUUUUGCUUUAAAAUUGGGAUGCCAUAUGCAAUAUUAUGAUUUUUUUUUUUGAGGAAGUGAAUUUUGUUUCUGAACAUGCGUUAUCAUAGGACAGGUAAACAGGCUUCAAGCAUUUAAUAGU